UUUCUUGGUUUUUCAUAUUUUCAUUUUGUUUACAAAUGACAGGAUGGCAGAAGUGUCUAGGCCACCACCCCCUAAAAGACCAACGAUAAUACGUGCCCAGAAUACGCUCGAUUCUGAAAAAGACAAUGAAAAUAAUGUGGUACCAAGGAGACCUGUUCCACCUACUGGGGGAGGAAGACCACCACCUAAACCACCUAAUAGACCACCAUCAUUUAGAAAAGAUUCACAUGAAAAAAAAGAAGAAACAGAAAAUGUGCAAUUAAGACAUCCUGGAAACAAAUCUGCUAGACCUUCUUCUGUUGGUAGUAAGGCUGAUGGUGCUCCAAAAAGGAAAUUAGAGAUAACAAUUGUCUCAGCAAGACCAAUGAGUGAAGUAGGUUUCAGAGAUACAUCUGCAAUCAAUGCACCAUCAUCAAAACCAGACAACAAAAAUGAAUCACCUAAACCAGCUCUGAAAAUGGUACCACCUACAUCACUUGUACCUCUCAAGGGUUCCCUUCCUCCAAGACCAACCAAACCAGAAUCAUUACCACACAACAGACCACCACCACCAGUGCCUACAAGAAAAGAUGUUCCUCUACAGCAAGAAAAUAAAAAUCCAACCAUUCUCAGGGCACCUACAUCACCCUCACCUAAACCACGCCCACAGAAGUCAUCCCCUGAAUCUCCAUUGGCUAAACCUAGAUCUAGUGUUCCUGCUCAAGAAUCAUCACCUCCUCUGAAACCUCGUAAAAAUCCAUCUGUUUCUACCCGUCCAUUACCACCUACGCCAUCUCCCGACAAUGGUGAAUCAAAUCUGGUUAUAGAAUCUCCUGCAAAACCUCAGCGAUCAUAUACAUGGUCAGGUGAAAAGGAGUCCGAAAAUGUCUCCCAGUCUUCCAUGUCUGACAAACCAAGGAGACCUACAAUAAUUCGUCCAGCAAAAAUGAACAAGAGUAUUGAGAAAUCUCAAGACAAUGAUGUGAUAUCUGUCUCAUCCUCCCAUCAAAAAGAUAGUUUUCCUCCUCCUCAAAUAAGAAAUUCUGAAAAACCACCUGAAAAGAAGGAAGAAGAGAAAGAAAACAAAAAUGAUCAUCAUAUUAAUCAGAUAAAUACAAAGAAUAUGGAUACUGAACCACAUCAUGUUGCAGAAGCUGAUGAGAAAAAGAAACCUCCAAUAGCUGCUAAACCCAAACCAUCAGUUUUACCUAAACCUAAACUUAAACCACAAGUUAACAUUUACGCAGAAGACGAUAAUCAGAAUGCAAGUAAAGACCAGACUGAGCUUAAUAAUUUGAAAGAAUCGGUAGUUUCAGAUAAAGUUGAAAUAAAGAAAACAAGAAAACCGACAAUAAUUAGAGCAAAUGUACCUAAACAACCUUCUGAAGAAACUGUACCGAAAAUGGUUGAGGAAUCCUCAAAUGAAAAUUUGGAAAAAGAAAUCCCUGAAUAUGCUGUUGUAUUAAAGCCAGCAAAAAACAAAUCAGAAAUAAAACCUCCAAUCAUUUCAUCUGUUCCAUCAGAAAAACCUCCACCUCCCGUCCCAACUAAAAGAUUUACUCCACCAUCUCCAAAAUCUAAAGAUGAUUUAGAAAUCCACAGAAAUACAGAGGCAGAAAAAGUUCAACAUAGACCUAAACCAAUGGCCAGAGCUAGACCUAUGACAAUGAUAGUAACAUCAUCUUUUAAAAGUGAAACAAUGGUCCCAUCUAAACCACCUCCUCCAAGUUUUACGGGUUCUAAUAAACCAUCUCCUAAUGCGGCAAGUCCUUCUAAGCCUCCUCCACUUGCAGUGCCACAACUCGCCAGACCACAAAGUAAUGCCAGCAAACAUCCACAACAAGAGGCUGAAGAUGCUGAAGCUGGAUCAACCAGGCAAGAGAAAGUUCCUCCACCGAGACCUUCACCUGCAGCAAGACCGAAAUCCAUGUUCCAUUCACGCAAUAUUCAUUCAGAUGAAGAAAACCUUGAUGAAUCAAAAGACAAACCAACAAGACCAAAAGCUGGUCCACUAAGGCCAUCACAUGGACCAGUUAAGUCCCCUGAAACUGAUAGUGGAAGCUCAACAAUAGAGAAAGACAAGAAAAUUCCUACUCCAAUAGAGGCGCCAGGGCCAGAUCUGCCUAGUAGACCAGGACCAGGUCAUCCUCUAUACCACUAUAUGUUAUGUGUACCACAUGGUCAAGCUAUACACGAUUAUGAUGGAGCUAGCCCAGAUGAUUUGUCAUUUAAGGCUGAUGAUAUAGUAAUAUUACACAAAAGGGUAGAUGAGUCAUGGCUGUUUGGUCAGGUUGGUGAAGCUAAAGGAAUGUUUCCACAAAGUUUUAUACACAUACUGAGACCUUUUGAUGGAGAGGUAACUCCACUACCAUCACCUUUAGGAAAUAAGUCUUCAGACAGUGAUUCCUCUCCAGCUACAUCUGUUAAAGAGAAAGUAGACACGAUUAAAACUGGUCCCCGGUGUGUGGCAAGGUUUGACUUUGAUGGAGAAGGAGUUGAAGAUCUUCAUUUCGAGGAAGGAGAUUAUAUAAGACUAAUAGAAAGAGUAGAUAGUGAAUGGGUCAGAGGAGAUCUUGGUGGUAAAGUUGGCAUAUUUCCUCUGACAUUUGUAGAAGUGAUUGAAGAAUUGCCAGAUCUUGCCAGUGACGGGAUGAAUGAAAUGGUACCUUUGGGGGAACAAUUUCAUGUGAAGGAAACUGAAGAUACUGAUAUAAGACAACAUGGAGAUACUGAUAUAAGACAACAUGAAGACAAUAAGAAUAAGUCAGAAGAUAAAUGUUUGAUGUGUCAAGCCAUUGCAGAUUUUCCUGGUGAAAGUCCAGAUGAUUUGAGUUUUAAUGAAGGAGACAUCAUAGACAUUAUAACAGAAAUAGAUGAAAAUUGGAUGAAAGGCAGAUUGAAAGAUAGAGAAGGCCUAUUUCCUGCUAGCUUUGUAAUAAGAAUAGAUAACCAUAGUGCUGAAAUAUCAGGUUCACCAGUGAAACAUGAAGAAGUUGAGAAAGUAGAAAAAGAAACAAUUGGAGAAGCGAUAUAUGAUUUUGAUGGAGAAAACGACAAGGAAUUAUCAUUCAAGACUGGAGACCAGAUCAGACUAGGGACCAGAGUAGAUGGAGCUGAAGACUGGCAGUGGGGAGAAUUAAAUGGACAGACUGGAAUUUUUCCUGCAGCUUUUAUACAAAUUCUCAGCUAAUGAUUGUUUCUGCUUAGCCAUAAAUUCACCGCUAUGUUUGAGGGAACAAAACUAGGAGUUAUAAAAAUCCAGAGACCAGAAAUAUGAUCGUAGUGGGACCAAUGAUAUUGUGAAAAUAUAUUUGGACCAAAAUGUCUGUGAUACCAUAAAUCCAUAAGUAAUAAAUGUUGUAUAAUAAUAAACAUUGAAUAUAAAAAAAAGUUGAAGAGAAAUAUUUUGAACUAGCAAUAGAUUUGAUGGUUAUUGACACUUAUAUCUCCAAUUCAUUAAUGCAAAAGAAAAUCCUGAAAAUAUUUUUAUUUCAAUUGUUUCCAUGGUUAUGUUUGAAGUUUAUUUAAAA